AUGAAUGCCUCCGGACCUUCCAACCUCAAUAGCACAGCAUUGGAUGAGUGGUCUAUGGCAAGUACAUCUGUGGCUUGCAUAAUUCUGAGUCUGUCCUUCCUGGUAGGGGCUCCCGGGAAUCUACUGGUGAUUUGGACCAUCCUGAAGCACAUCAAGCUGCGUUCCCACACAGUGGUGCUCAUCCUCCAUCUGGCUGUCGCGGAUCUUCUGGUGCUGUUCACCCUGCCCCUGUGGAUCUACUCCCUGGCAAACUCCUGGAUCUUUGGGAACGCUACUUGCAAAGCCAUAACUUACAUCAUUACUGCUUGCAUGUACAGCAGUGUGUUUCUCAUCAGCAUUAUGAGUAUAGAGCGCUACGUGGCCAUCCACUACCCUUUCAAAAUGCGUGGCUGGAAAGGUUUGGAUAUGCUGUACAAAUGUUUGGGAGUCAUGUGGUUUGUGUCUUUUCUAUUGGGAAUUCCAGUGAUCCUGAUCCAUUACGUGGAUGAGACUGAUGAUGGUACUCUUCAGUGCAUUUUCAAAAAUUAUACCUCUGUGAACCAAGAGCUGUUUUGCCUCUGCCUAGAAUCCUCUGUUGGCUUUGUGAUUCCAUUUUCCAUUUUGGCCAUCAGCUAUUGUCAGGUGGCCACACAGCUAAAGCAGCUACACUCCGCCACUAAACAGAGGUCAACUGUUCUGAUCAGCAGUGUGGUGGUGGCCUUUGCCCUUCUCUGGCUUCCUCAUCACAUCCUCAAUGUCAUCGACGUUAUCAUCCUGUCCACGGAGAACUCUGACUCUACACCAGACUACAGAGAUAAUUUUGUGCUCAUUGCAGGCGCCCUGGCCUUUAUCAGCAGUUCUGUGAACCCUGUGCUGUAUGCUUUUGCGGCACGAAAUUUCCAGGGUGGACUUAGGAGGUCUGGCUUUGUGAAACUGUUCCUUGACAUAGCCUCCAAUUCUUUAAAAGCCAAAGAGAAUUCAAAAGGUUCAAGAUUGCACAGCACAAACUGAAGUAUAACAGGUUACAGGAGGAAUAGGUCCCUCCCUCCUCUGCCGUCCCCACACAUACUUCCUGUUUCCCACUGUGCAAAAAUACCUAUUUUGGACGUCCAACUUCAGGUGCAGAUUGUAACGCCAGAUGAUGUCUUUUUCCGACGUCCAGUAUUGACAUCCACAGAACCUCUGUAUAACGUCCAAAAUAGGUUACAUAGUCCUAUUGAAGUCCAAAUGCAUGGGGUCAUGGUUAGACAUCAAAAUAGCGGACGUUUACACAUCCUGCAGUCUUCCAGAAUUGGUCUUGGACAGACGGAUGCAAUAAAGACAUGAUCUGCAUGUCCAUCAGACGUCUAAUGAUGUAUAAUGUUUAGUGGGAA